CGCUCCCCACCGCCGCAGCCCCGCGGAGGAUGCUCCCUCCGAGGUGCGGGACUCUGUGCUAAGCGCUCGCCCACCGCAGGCCGUCCUCAGGGCAGACUAGACGUCGAGUGCUAAACCAUUCCUCGAAUGAAAUGUUCAGCGAUGAAGUUUAGAUGGAAUACUGUCAUCCUUCAUGGCUCUACUUUACAAGUCAAUCUGAAAGAAAGUAAAAAUAAAUGAGAAUGGCCAUAAAUACAAUACAAUAAGUAUUUUUUUUAUUGGUGGCAAAAGUAAGGAUCCUAAAUUUAGAUUUUUCUUUCAUUAAUAAUCUUUAAAAUGGAAAUAAGUAAUCAACUAUCAGAGGGCUGCUGAAAUAAGGUUGACCACUCCAAAGUUGGAAAUAGUUAUUUUAAAACAGAAGAUUUUUUUAAAAAGCUUUUUCCAUUGCAUGGAGCUGGUGGCGAAAGGGGGAAAAACUGCAAACAAGAAAAGUGUCUUUUCAUCUUGAAGAAAAACAAAACGCCUAUAUUGAGCAAAAUACAUUCGUUUAACCAAUGAAAAAAAAAAUAAAAGGAAUUUGGAUAUGAAAUGAACUUAGAGCCCCGUCUUUCAUAUUAAACAGAACACUUCUCUGAGAACUAGAAUCCUGCAAGUAUGGAAGCAGCACUUCCCGAAAUACAAGUAGAAAGCAAGGAUCAUUCACAAAUUCAGAGCUCAAAUGAGCUUAAGACAGAAGCAAAUCCUCCGAAUGAGGAGCAGGUUGAAAAGUCAUCAUUUCUUUGUUUUAAAAGAAGGAAGAAAGUAGCUAAAGCAUUGAAGUUCCCCAAAGACGAUUCUGAAGCAGACUUUGCAGCUCUGAAAUAUCAAAGUCAGUGCAGCAACAUGGAUCACACAAAAGCGGACGUUUCUGAUCAGUCUCCGUUACCACAAGGAGCUUGGGCUGCUAUCAAACAUCUGGUUCCCCACAGGAAAAGGUCAAGUUCUUCUUCAAAGAAGCAAAGGUGCUCUGAGGCUACCGAGCAGCUGGGGAAAAAGAGUGACGAUACUCACGUCACUAAGAAGAAAACUCGUUCAACGUAUAAAUUUCCCUGCAUAAAGUUUUCAAGAGACAAGAAAAAACGGGCCGUGUCUGAAAUGACUGAAGAAUCAGAGUGCGUUGUAAAAGUAAAAGAAGUGGCAGGCAGUUCAGAUAUGAAAACUCCAACUCACCAAGAUGAUUUGACAGUGAAAGGGAAACUAACCGCAGAAUUCAGCGGAAGCGUCCCUCAGGGAGGUGGUGAUUUCGUGAGCCCAAAUGUUAGCGAGAUCAUCAUUUCUGCUCAGGAGAACGUGGUUUCAGAGGAACCCAAAAUAGACACUGGUCAAAAAAAUCAAGUUGUUCAGGCAGAAACGACAACAGUCGAAAACGAUUCUGGAGACCUGGAGAAAAACCACGCUGUGCAACUUCAGCAAGAAAGUGUAAUUGAUACUCUAGAAGAAGCAGACCAACUGCCUUACACCACAGAUCCCACUAGCUCUGUAGUUUCUGAGAAAUCCCCCUUAAAUUCACCUGAAGUCCCAACAAAACCUAUUAUGGAAGAGACUAAAAGUGCCCUAGAAAAGGGCCCAAAAUGGGAAGACGGUGACAGGGAUUUAACUCCCUCAGAAAAGAAUGAGUCCAAAGUGAGCUCCGGUGAAUCUGACUUUACAGAGACUGUGGUAAGUGUGAAGCCGCUAAAACUGGAAGAAUACAAAAAGAUGGAGCCAAUAGCUAUAAUUAUAACAGACACUGAAAUCUGUGAAUAUGAUGUGACCAAAUCCAGAAAUGUCCCCAAACAGCUCUUGAUUUCAGAGCAGUAUGAAAAACUCUUAAUAGAAACUGCUUCCUCACUUGUCAAAAAAGCCAUUCAGUUGUCUGUAGAACAGCUGGUUAACGAAAUGGCCUCGGACAAUAAUAAAAUAAGUAACUUUCUACAGUGACUUGAAUUCCCAGCAGAUGAGAUCAAGUACUAGUCUACGUUUACAUGACACUUUUUAAAAGGAUUCUUAAGAUUGGAUUUCAUCCGGUGAAACUCUUGGGCGUAAUUUACAAAUGAAGUUCAUACAGCUUCCUUCUGGAACUGAAGUCACUUCUGGAAAGAAAAGCAAUCCCCCAAUACAAAACACCUUACUCGGCAAGGAUAGAGAAAUCUUAGCUAAAGAACUGGUAUAAAUCGGUUCAUGUAUUUAAAUAUUGGGUUUUCAGGGGUCUAUAUUUAUAAAUGCUCUAUAAUGGCCAACAGGGUUUUUAUUUUACGAGGUUAUUCUGCCCGAAGUAACUCGAUAUUUUAGCCCCAGGGCUCUUUGAAAAAUGAAACUGUUUUAUUAUCACAGUGAACGAGGUAGGUUAUUUCUGUGGCUACAAGGGGUUUUGUUUGUUUUUUGCAUUGGUGUGACCUCAGAAACACACCAAAUAGAGCAGUAUUCCUUUUCAGUAAGAGACACGCACCACGAGAGUGUUGUCAUGUCAUUCACGAGCGACAGGCUGUUUUUUUAAAGUUGUGUGUAAAUAUCUUGAGACCGGCCAGGUCAUCAAUUGGAAAACAUUAGGAUUAUCCCUAUAAGUAUAUCAUAGGUACUCUUUUUACUGAAACAUUUCUACUGGUUACAAGGGCAGAGGGCAUUUUAAAUUAAUAUGAUUGUGUGGGUUGAGACAUACGUGCAUAGAAACACUUCGGUUUUUACUGAGAUCAAACGUUUUUGGGAUUCAGCUAAUUUUAGCCAGUCUCAUGUAAAAAGAAAAACGAGUUUCAAUUUUGGAAUGGAAGUGUU